AUGACCAAAAAAAUUACUCCUAUCGGGUCAAAAGAUGUUCAUAAGAUAACUUCAGGACAAAUAAUCAUUGACUUGGUCACCGCGGUUAAAGAAUUGGUGGAUAACAGCAUUGAUGCCCAUGCCACUCAAAUAGACAUCAUCUUUAAAAACUAUGGGAUAGAAUCCAUUGAAUGUUCUGAUAAUGGAGAUGGAAUUACUCCAGAAAACUAUGAGUUUUUAGCUUUGAAACAUUAUACAUCUAAAAUUUCCACAUUUGAUGAUGUAUUGCAUAUACAGUCACUGGGAUUUAGAGGUGAAGCAUUGUCAUCACUUUGUGGGAUUGCAAAGUUAAUAGUGACCACUACAUCUGACCCACCGAAGGCGGAUAGGUUAGAAUAUGACAGAUCAGGUAAAUUAAAUUCACGAACGAUUACAUCCCGUAAUGCUGGAACUACCAUUCAAAUCUCUAAAUUGUUUGAAAACUUACCAGUGAGAAGAAAGGAAUUUAUAAGGACUUGCAGGAGACAGUUUACCAAAUGUAUAUCCCUAUUACAAGGCUAUGCAAUUAUUCAAGAGAAUAUCAAAUUUUCAGUUUGGAAUGUUUCUGCUAAGGGAAGGAAGACUUCCGUAUUGUCAACACCACUUGCUCCAAGCAUACCGAAAAAAGUUUUGAGCAUUUUUGGUCCAAGUAGUACAUAUGGUUUAGAUGUACUAGAUUUAGCUCUCGAUUUGAACCCUCUCAAAAAAGAUAUGAUGAAAAAAUAUGUUAACGACACCACUUUCCUUAACUUGGAUUAUACAAUUCAAGUUAAAGGUUAUAUAUCAAAACAUUCCCUAGGCUGCGGUCGAAAUUCAAAAGAUAGGCAGUUUUUCUAUAUCAAUAAAAGACCUAUCGAAUACCCACAAUUAUCAAAAUGUUGUAAUGAUAUUUAUAGGCAAUUCAAUAAUGCUCAAUUUCCAUCCAUUUUCUUAAACCUGGUCAUUCCUCCACAGGUAAUUGAUGUAAAUGUUACGCCCGAUAAAAGGAUAGUAUUUCUACAAAAUGAAAAGUAUGUCUUAGAAGAAUUAAAGAUACGAUUGUAUGAAUAUUUUGAUAAUCAGGAUUUAGUCUUACCCAAGCAACAAUCUAUUUUAAAAAAUCACCAAUCAAGAAUCGCAAAGAAACGGAGAUUAGAAUCUACUAAAGAAAAUGAAAAAUAUGCUACCGCUGAUUCCAUAACCAAAUUUCUAAAAGAAAAGGGUAAAGAAAAUGUCAAAAGCUGUGUAAUUUCAAAACCAUCCACUGACAUUUCAUACCGCAAUUUGAAUGAUGAGGAAGAAUUAGUUGUUGUAAAAAUAGAGGAUGAUACGUUUAAGAGUAAUGCGAAAUUGGCGAACAAAGAUCUAGUUUUCUCUGGGAAAGAUGACGACUUGUCAAGCUGCGAAAUUAAUACAGAUAACAAGUUUAGCAAUAAUGACUUAUCAGAUGAAAUAGACGUAAACUUAGAGAAAAUUGAGAAAAGAGUCAGGUUUCAAUUACCACCCCCUUUGAAAGAACAUAUUAGACAUAGAUCAUUUACCGAUAACAAGUAUACAAAACCAUCUAAGGCCAGCAGUAGGAUCGUUUGUCUGCGGGUUCGUAAUCUUAUGGAAAGAAUCAGAAAAGAAUUAAAGGUAGUUUCGGUUUUCUCUCAAAAGAAGCGCGAUAAUUUAGUUAGUGCUGAACCUGCAACAGGAAUGAAAAAUAUCGGAGAAGGAGACCAAUAUUUAACAUUGAUGGUUAAAAAAGAGGACUUCAAGAAAAUGAAAAUUGUUGGACAAUUCAAUUUGGGCUUCAUUAUCGUUACUAGGAAAAUUGGAAAUGAUUAUGAUUUGUUUGUUAUCGAUCAACAUGCAGCUGACGAAAAAUAUAAUUUUGAACGGUUACAGAAGAUUACAACUUUUAAAUCACAACGGUUAAUCGUCCCUCAACCUGUGGAAUUAAGUAUUAUCGAUGAACUGAUCGUCAUUGAUAACCAUUCAACUUUCGAAAAAAACGGGUUUAAGUUAAUAAUUGAUAAAAAUGCAUCUCAGGGACAAAAGAUUAAAAUAGUAGCUUUGCCCGUAUCUAAACAGACAAUGAUUAAUAUAGAUGAUUUUAAUGAAUUAAUACAUGCAAUUAGAGAGAAUGCGGGAUUAAAUACUGAGGAUUUAAGAUGUUCUAAGUAUAGGAAAUUGUUUGCAAUGAGAGCCUGCAGAAGUAGUGUUAUGGUUGGCAAACCACUUACUAAGAAGGCUAUGACUACAAUCGUUCAUAAUUUAAGUGACUUGAAAAAACCAUGGAACUGUCCACAUGGAAGACCAACAAUGAGACAUUUGACUGAAUUACAUGGCUUGAAUUCAUUUACGAAAGAUUAUGAAAUAUAA